AUGCCAGUCCAGAGGUCCUCGGACGGCGUGUCAGAGCUGUCCCAGGAUACUGGCAGGUGGCUUUCAGAAGUCUCCCCAAACUCAGAACACGAUCGUGUGUCUUCUGCGCACACGGAUCCGAAUCGAGUGGAUUCCACUUCCGAACGUCUUUUAGCACCACCGUCACCCACAACAGGAACCAUUCCGUCACUGCAUACAUAUGAAAACGACGGCCGCAGCGAGGACGGGCAUGUGGCACCUAAAGAGGCCAUCAAUUCUGGGAGCUCGAAAGUGGUCUUUUCCGAGUACCAUACCGGCUACCUGUCGCUCGAAGCGAAGACCAAGGAAACAUGGCUUCCUUUCACUCUGCGUCUUCCAUUUCUCGGGGUCGUCACAGCAGCAUCAGUGGCACUCGGCGCGGCUGCCAUUGCCAUCACGAUAUACUCGGUGAACAAUAUCGGGCUGGGUCCCGACAGCGAUUCCUCUGCCCUACUCUUUGGAUGGAGGUUCACGCCAACGCUUCUCGCCGUCUUACAUGCCCUCUGCACUACGACCCUCUUGACAGACACCAGGAGAACAGAGGUUCACGCCCGAUUGGCGAAGCCCGGGGGAGCAUCCGCCCUCGCCACGUUGUGCUUUCCGUCUCGACAGUGGUGGAACGAUCCAUUCGACGCGCUCAACACGAGGGUGUCUGGGUCACGGAGCUGGUGUCUGUUAUUCGCAUCUUUCACAAACAUUGCGGCAUUCCUCGUCAUCUCACCCCUCUCAGCCGGUCUGCUUGCUCCGGUCACUGUCAACAUUAAGCGGCAGGACCCUUCGCCUUCAUCGAUAUGCCCUCGCCGGUAG